CCACCGCAAAGAGGUGGGUCUGGAGCGUCUCCUCGGGUCCUGGAGUGCCUUUCCCUGGAAGGAAAACUUGAGCUCCCGUUGGCGAGCACAUCAGGAAAACUACACUACCUAGAAGGCCGUGCGUUAUGCGUGCGGCGGGAGCUGGGCCAAUGACAGCCUAGGACGGGGACGAUUCCGACGGCCCACGCCGGCGGGGGCGGGACUUCCGGGUUGUUCGCCGGGGACGCCAUUUUCCUCUGCCCUUCUGUCUGAAGGGGUCUGUAGCCACUGAGGGCCCCAGCCGGGACCGCUUUGCAGGUCGCUAGUCAGGACCGAGCAGGGGAGGAGGAUAGGAAUCCCCGCCGCACCUUUGUACGAGCCUGACUGAGCCUGACCGCCUCCAGGGGCUUGCUCCUGGGUCGUCGUGAAGCCGCGGUCUCUCCUCCGCCGCCCUUCAGCCUCGCGGUCGCCAGGGGCGGCGCCCUGGGUCUGGAACGCGGUUGCCACCGAGGAGGCGGCGGCCCCGAGCGCGCCUGGAAGCCCCGGGCGACCGGCCAGGGCCGGGCACAGGUGGGGUCCGUCAAGCCGCCCGGGGGUCCUUUGUCCCAGCUCUGCGGCCCGGGGGGUGACGUGAUGGCGGCAGCGGUGCUGACGGACCGGGCCCAGGUGUCUGUGACCUUUGAUGAUGUGGCUGUGACUUUCACCCAGGAGGAGUGGGGGCAGCUGGACCUAGCUCAGCGCACCCUGUACCAGGAGGUGAUGCUGGAAAACUGUGGGCUCCUGGUGUCUCUGGGGUGUCCUGUUCCCAGACCUGAGCUGAUCUACCACCUAGAACAUGGGCAGGAGCCAUGGACCAGGAAGGAAGACCUCUCCCAAGACACCUGUCCAGGUGACAAAGCAAAACCUGAGAACCCAGAACCUACCACCUGUGAGCUAGCCUUGUCUGAAGAAAUCUCAUUCUGGAGACAACUAACACAAGGAGCUUCAGGGGACUCCCAGUUGGGGCAACCCAAGGAUCAGGAUGGGUUUUCAGAAAUGCAGGGAGAGCACUUGAGACCAGGGUUAGAUUCCCAAAAGGAGAAGCUUCCUGGAAAAAUGAGCCCCAGACAUGAUGGUUUAGGGACAGCUGAUGGUGUGUGUUCAAGGGUUAUACAGGAUCAGGUCUCCUUAGGAGAUGAUGUCCGUGACUGUGACUCUCAUGGAUCAGGUGAAAAUCCAGUGAUUCAGGAAGAGGAGAAUACCUUUAAAUGCAGUGAAUGUGAAAAAGUGUUUAACAAGAAACGUCUGCUUGCUCGGCAUGAGAGGAUUCACUCUGGAGUGAAGCCCUAUGAAUGCACAGAGUGUGGAAAAACCUUUAGCAAGAGUACGUACCUCCUGCAGCACCACAUGGUCCACACUGGGGAGAAGCCCUAUAAGUGCAUGGAGUGUGGAAAGGCUUUUAAUCGGAAGUCACACCUUACCCAGCACCAGCGGAUUCACAGUGGAGAGAAGCCUUACAAGUGCAGUGAAUGCGGAAAGGCCUUCACCCACCGCUCCACUUUCGUCUUGCAUAACAGGAGCCACACUGGAGAAAAACCCUUUGUGUGCAAAGAGUGUGGCAAAGCCUUUCGAGAUAGGCCAGGUUUCAUUCGACACUACAUCAUCCACAGUGGUGAGAAUCCCUACGAGUGCUUUGAAUGUGGCAAGGUCUUCAAACACAGGUCAUACCUCAUGUGGCACCAGCAGACUCACACCGGGGAGAAGCCCUAUGAGUGCAGUGAAUGUGGGAAGGCCUUCUGUGAGAGCGCAGCCCUGAUUCACCACUAUGUCAUCCACACUGGGGAGAAGCCCUUUGAGUGCCUCGAAUGUGGGAAGGCUUUCAACCACCGAUCAUACCUCAAGAGGCACCAGCGGAUUCACACUGGGGAGAAGCCUUAUGUGUGUAAUGAAUGUGGAAAGGCCUUUACCCACUGCUCUACUUUUAUCUUGCAUAAAAGGGCCCACACUGGAGAAAAGCCUUUUGAGUGCAAAGAAUGUGGGAAAGCCUUUAGCAAUAGGGCAGACCUUAUUCGACACUUCAGCAUCCACACUGGAGAGAAGCCCUAUGAGUGCAUGGAGUGUGGAAAGGCCUUCAACCGCAGGUCAGGCCUCACAAGGCACCAGCGGAUUCAUAGUGGAGAGAAGCCCUAUGAAUGCAUUGAGUGUGGGAAAACAUUUUGCUGGAGCACAAACCUCAUUCGACACUCCAUCAUCCACACUGGAGAGAAGCCGUAUGAGUGCAGUGAAUGUGGAAAGGCCUUCAGUCGCAGCUCAUCCCUCACUCAGCAUCAAAGGAUGCAUACUGGGAGAAAUCCUAUCAGUGUAACCGAUGUGGGAAGACCUUUUCCAAGUGGGCAGACCUCAGUCAACAUCCAAGAACUUUUAUUGGGGAAAAACUUUUUGAAUGUCACCACUGAGGAAAAUCUUUUGCAAGAGGAAGCAUCUUACAUGGCAUCUGAUCAUACCUACCAAAGAGAAACCCCACAAGUGUCUUCACUGUGAGAAAACCUUCUGUUGCCAAAUGUCAUUUGUCACCUAAGGAGUCAUAUUAGAAAAUUACACAGCUUAGAGCCUUAUUCUCCAUCUGAAUUCAUCCUGGAAAAACACCCAGUGGUUAUUAUGCACUUAGGAAAACCUUUAGCUCCAUCUUUGUCGUUAGUUUACAGUGCAGUGUUAUCUCAGGAAUUUUUAUAAAAAGAGGUGACAUAGAAAAAAUGAAAUGCAGACACUGCUUCUUUUAUACUGUUGUCUUAUAUGUACGUUUCUGUCCCACGUCAGGAAAGUUAGUAAGGCAAGGUCUGGAAACUGACUGAAUGUCUUUGUUCUGCAACAUUGUCUCUUCUUAAGAAGCAUUGUUUUUAUGAGAAAUAUGAAGGCUUGAGUUAUGAAAUACUUUUAUAUUUAAGGAUUAAAGGAAACAUGAAUGCGCACGUUUUAUUCCACCACUUAAGACUGUUUUAAGUCUUUGAUUUGGAGAGAAAAAAAAUCCUUUUUUAAUGGGUAUUGAACACUUAACACAGAAUUUUUCUUGAUUCCCAUCUGUUGGUUUACUUGAUUGCUAUAGCUGUAUGGUAAAUCUCAAAAUUAGGUAAUGUGAUUUCUUUUUUCUUAUUUUUAUUUAAAAUUCAUUUAGCAUUCCUAGUUUCUUUGACUUUCCAUAUACACUUUAGGAUUGAUUUUUCUGUUUUUCAAAUAUUCUUGCUUGGAUUUUGAUAUAAUUGAGUUACACCUGUAGAUCAAUAUGUUGAGUAUUGGCAUCUUAGCCUUCCAAUUCAUGAACAUGGCAUAUCUUUUCAUUUAUUUAAAUUUUCUUGGAUAUAUUUCAUUACUGUUUUAUAGUUUACACAGUAUAACUCCUGCACAUUUAAAAUAAGAUUUAUAGCUUCAUAGUUUUUUGCGUGAUUAUAAAUGGCAUUGAUUAAAGUUUCAGUUUUCAUAUGAUGUUGGCUAGUAUACAGAAACAUUAUUUUUUCCAUCUUAUUUUGCUGUCUUGCAACUUUCCUAAACUCAUCAUUUCUUGCCAUUUCCUUUGGGAUAAUCCUUAAGAUUUUAAACAUAGAAAUAUCAUUUGCAAUUUGGGACAGUUUUAUUUCUUGCUUCCCAUCUGUACACCUUUUAUUUACUUUUCUCAUGUUAUUGCACUAGGUAGGAUUUCCAGUGUGAUACUGAAUACAAAUAGUGACAAGUUAUCCAUGCCUUGUUCAUGAUAUUAGGGGGGAAAUGUUCGGUUUCUCAUUAAUAUGAUGUUGAAAGUUUCUUCCAAAGAGUUUCUCUAUCAAGUUUAGAAAGUUUCUCUCUAUUCCUAAUUUGCUGGGAUUUUUUAGUUAUUAUUAAUAAGUGUUGAAUUUUGUCACUUGCUUUUUCUCCACUGAUUGAUUUAAUUAUGUCAUGUUACUUCUGUAGUCAGUUGAUGUGUUACCUUGACUGAGUUUUGAGUAUGGAACCAGCCUCACAUCCUUGUGAUAAGCCCUACUUGCUCAUGGAGUAUAAUUUUGUUUGUAUACUAUGCAACAGUAUUUCAUUUGCUAGUAUUUUGUUGAGGAAGCUUCCCUCUAAUUUCAUGAGUGAUAAUCUGUAGUUUUUUUUCCUUCAACUGUUACUGUUUGGUUUUGAUGUCUAGAUGAUAACUAGCCUCCUAACAUGAGUUGGAAGGAAUUAUCUUCUGUUUUUUUGGAAGAUCCUAUGUACAGUCGGUGUUAUUUGUUCCUUUAAUGUUUGGUAGCAUUCUCCAGCAAACAAGUGGGACCUGGAGAUUUUCCUUUUGGAUGCUUUUUAAUUAUGUAUUUAUUUUAUUUAAUAGGUAUAGAACUAUUCAGAGUAUUUCAUAUUGGAUGAAUUUUUAUAGAUUUUCUUAAGGAAGUGUUCAUUUUAUGUAAAUAUUCUCAUUUGUAGCAUUCUUUGAAAUAUUUCCUUUUAGCCUCUUGUUGGCAGCAGGAUCUGUACUUACGUUCCUUGUUGUAUUCUUGAUAUUGAAAAUGUAUCACUUAUUGUCAGUCUUUGUAGACAUGUGUCAAUUUCAUUGAUCAUUUCAAAGAAAUAGCACUUUAUAUCACUGAUUUUUCUCCACUUUCUGUUCUUAAUUUCACUGAUACCUGCUCUGAUCUGUAUUGUAUCCUUCCUUCUACUUGCUUUGGUUGUAUUUGACUCAGUGGUUUCCUGAGGUGGAUGUUUAGGUUAUUGAUUUGAGGCUUUUUUCUUUUUUCAUAUAAGCUUUAAGUUCUAUACAUUUUUCUUACAGUGCUGUUAGUUUCAUCCCACAAGUUUUAAUAUGUUUUUGAUUAUCUUACUCAGUUCUAAGAUUUCCUGAUUCCUUUUGAGACAUCUUCUCUAACCCAUGAAUUAUUUAGAAGUAUAUUGUUUAAUAGUAUUUGGAGUAUUCCCUGCUAUUUGUUACUGAUUUCUAAUUUGUUUUGCAUUUGAUGUUACUGUUUAAAUUUGUUGACUUUUUUUCCUUAUGAUCCAGGAUAUAGGCUAUCUUGUUUUAUAUAGCUGCUUGAAAAGAAUGUGUGUUCUUGGUCAUUGGGUGGAGUUUCUAUAAAUGUUUGUAUGAUCCUGUUAGUUGGUGGUGUUAUUUAGGUCUCCUAUAUCCUUGCUGAUUUUCUGUCUAGUAUUUCUAUCAAUUGCCAAGAGAGGGAUGUUGAAGUCCCGAACUAUAAUUGUGGAAUUAUCUAUUCCUCCUUUAAGUUCUAUCAGUUUUUGCUCCACAUAAUUUAAAGCUCUGUUGUUUGAUAUAUACACAUAUAGGUUUGCUUAGUAGUCUUGCUGUAUUGACCCUUUUAUAACUAAGUAAUGUCCUUUUUUGCUCCUGUUAAUACUCUUAUCAAUUUUUAUCUGAUAUUUGUGUGGUCACUCGUACAUUUUGGGUUAAUGUUUGCAUGAUUUAUACAUUUUCAUCAUUUUUUAAAACCUUAUCUGUAUCACUAUAUUUGGAGUAAGUUUCUUGUGAACAGCAUAUAUGUGGGUUGUGAUUUUAUAUCCAGUUUGCAUAUCUUUUUUUUUUUUUUUUUGAGACGGAGUCUCACUCUGUCGCCCAGGCUGGAGU